GGCGACAUCGGGUUUAUAGCCGACGCGGUGCGUGCUCGUCACGGCCAUCGGAAGUAACAAUGCUGGCAGCACACGUGAAGCGCCGGCUGAAGGAUGCCUUUAUUGUGCUGGGAGGGGGAGGAUUAAUUUUUACGUCCUUCCUGGCCAUAAAGGGAGAUGAGCGCUUUUAUGAAAAGUAUCUGAUGCCAACAUUGCAGCGCCUGGUGCCACCUGAGCUAGCGCAUACCUUGUCUAUAAGGCUGCUAGCUCUUGGGCUGGUACCCCAACUUAAUCAGCAUGAUUCCGAAGAAUUGGAGGUGAGGGUUUUAGGACACAGGUUCAAGAACCCAGUGGGUAUAGCUGCUGGGUUUGAUAAGCAUGGAGAGGCUGUGGAUGGACUUUAUAAAAUGGGCUUUGGAUUUGUGGAAGUUGGAAGUGUGACUCCAAUGCCCCAGGACGGGAAUCCCAAACCAAGAGUGUUUCGCUUGCAGCAGGACCGGGCUGUAAUCAACAGAUACGGGUUUAACAGCCAUGGAAUUGAAGUUGUGCGGCAGCGUCUGGUAGAAAGGAGAGAGAAGCAAAAGACGCUAACAGCAGGAGGGAUGCCACUUGGUAUAAACCUUGGAAAGAACAAAACAUCUGAGGAUUCAGCUGCUGAUUACAUUAAGGGAGUGCAAGAGCUUGGACCGCUUGCUGACUACUUAGUAAUUAACGUGUCAAGUCCCAACACCCCUGGCUUGAGACAUCUGCAGGGCAAGGACCAGCUUCGUCACCUCCUGGCCGAGGUAGUAAAAGCCCGGGAUGCUCUUAAGUGUGAACAUCGUCCGGCUUUGCUUGUGAAGAUUGCACCUGACUUGACAAAAGCUGCUAAAGAGGACAUUGCUAUUGUAGUGACAGAGCUUGGCAUUGAUGGCAUGAUAGUUACCAACACUACAAUUAGCCGGCCAGAAACCCUACAGGACCCUCUGAGCUGUGAGGCCGGGGGACUAAGCGGUGCUCCUUUACGUGACAUGGCGACAGAAACUGUAAGAGAAAUGUACGCUCUGACGGCAGGGAAAAUUCCUAUAAUUGGAGUGGGAGGGGUAAGUAACGGUGUUGAUGCUCUAGAGAAGAUCCGCGCAGGAGCCUCGCUGGUGCAAUUGUAUACGGCACUCACCUACCAGGGGCCACCUGUUGUGGGAAAGGUGACACGGGAAUUGAGGAACCUGCUUAUGGAGGAGGGAUUUUCAUCUGUCUCGGAUGCAGUAGGUGCUGAUCACAGACCUAAAGCUAAGAAGUAACGAUAGCUGUACACAAUCUCUGCAUAGGACACAAGGACUCUUGCCACAGUCUGUGGAUGAAUUGAGUGCCAUGGAAUAAAGUGCUCAUGGAGAUGAAAUAGGGUUUGGUGCGCAUGUUUUCAAACCAGUGCACAUAAACCCUGGCCUUCCCAGCUUGCCAGGGUGGUCAUAUAGGAAGUGACUUGUUCCUUUAUUAAAAAUUAAAUCGGUGCUGCUAUAUGUAUGUUGUAAACCUCUUUGAAUUUUGACACUGAGCUUGGGAAGAAGCUAUCAGUAUCAAAAGUCUCCUCCUCUUUUUGCUAAAUAUAUUGUAUUACAUCACAUAA